AUUUAUUUGCAAUGUUAUUGACCUUAAACAACUUGUACACGGUUUAUCAUAAAGAGUACUAAAGACGGAGAUGGCCUUCUGAUUUUAACUCAUUCAUUUAAGAAAGUACAACAGAUCCGGGAAAGGAAAUUAAAUCAUUUAAGGCACCAUCCGGCAGGCAGGAUCACCUAUUAAAUACGACAGAAUGUCAUGCAAAGGAUUUUAUAUGUUAGGUGUAUUUAUUCUGAUUUCGAUGAUUUUAGGAGGGGUAGAAAACAAGGCACUGCAAAAAGUUCUUGUAAAAGAGAUCCGAUUCAAAAUACAAACAGGAAUCAAUGCUUCCGAUGCCGCUGUUAGAAAUGGCUUUGACGACGAUGAAAAUGCACCAUACACAAAAUUUAUCCACCCAACACUAGCAAUGGAUGAGACUAGUCGCAAAGAAUUUGAAAAUAAAUUGAUCGAACAAUACUAUGAACAUUUGCGUCAAGAGCCACUUUUAAACAAAAGGAAAGGUAAAGUGGCCGGUCGUUCGACGCAAAAGGAGCAAACCAGCGGUACUAAACAUGAAAGCACUUACAACAAAGAUGACACAAGAAACAUAAAUCUAAGUGACCGAAGUGGAAUCACUUUAUACGAUAAUAAUUUGCAUAGUUCUGAAAAAAGAGCUGUUGACACUGUCAAGAUAAAUGAUGAGAAAGACCAAAGUGGCCUUGGCAGUACGAUGGAUAAUAACGCAACACUUCCAAACCAAAGAAUAGUCGGAGGUUCGUAUUCCGUAUCAGGACGUUGGCCUUGGCAAGUCACAAUACAGUAUUUUGGAGCAGACGGAUAUUGGCAUCAUUUCUGUGGGGGAAGUCUGAUUUCUAAUUUAUGGGUAGUGACUGCUGCUCAUUGCGUCAGCAAACUAGAGGAAUAUAUGAUUCGAGUUGUCCUUGGUGACUACAGAUUAAGUACCCGAGCUGUUCACAGAGAACAAGUGAUUGAUCCGGCAAGAAUAUUAAUGCAUGGCUAUUAUGAAGAAGAUAGCUACUAUUUUGAUAUAGCAAUGGUGAAGCUCUCUGUGAGUGCGAGAUUUACAAACUAUGUACAAAGUAUUCAUAUCGCUUCACACAAGAUUAGCACAUUUUCCGGGGAUGAUUUGUGCUACAUCACUGGUUGGGGUAAUACAGUUGGAACCACUGAUCAUGUCUAUACGUCUGAUUAUCUCAUGGAAAGUCAAGUUUCAGUACUAUCAGAGAUGGCUUGCAGAAAAUUUUAUGGAAACAUAAUCGAAGACACUCAAAUAUGCAUUCUUGGUAACCACGCCUCGGCUUGUGCUGGAGACAGUGGUGGACCUCUUGUUUGUCAAGUUGGUAAUGAAUGGAAAUUGGCGGGUAUUGCUUCGUGGGUAGGAAGCUCCACUUGUUCUCCAGAUUAUCCAAAUGUCUACACGCGCAUGCGUGUUUUCGCUGAAUUUACACAAAGUUUAAUGAAUCAGUAUUAAUUAAGUGACUUACAUUUAACAUUUGUUGUUUAUGCAAAAUAAUUAUACAUGUGCGAAAUUAAUCAGCUGUGACAUGAUUGUGCUUAAUAUACUAGAACUAAUACUAAUCAAAUCAUUCUUGUUUCAUAAAAAAUAAAUGGCGAAUUAUAAAAACGGACAAUGAAUAAGUGUGUAUGAAAUUUUAAUGUGUUACUAAACGUUAUAACCUCCCUUUACUUUGAUGUUUUGUUAUACAAAAGAUGAGCUACCAGCAGUAUGGUGCCUGGUCAAACUGAACGGAUGUCCAAUCUCGUCUGGCAUUUUACUUUUGGGUCAAAAAUUAAUCAUUUCCGGUUCCAACAGAGGGUUCUCGUUAUUAGUACGUCGGAAAACGGUAGUUUUUGACACAACUCUCAUUUGUGUACAAAACUCCUCGUCUCUUUUUCAAGACUAGCGUAACUUGCAUUUAUUUUAAGUUUAAUAAAAAAUAAGUUCAAAGUUUUUUUUGAUAUCAUGUUCAAACAAAUUGAUUUGGGAUUAAAGCUACAAGUAUG